CUUAAAUAUGUAAAAUGAUUUAUAACUAGGACCUUUUAUGGAAUUUUUUAAUGUAAUUUGGAGGGAUAGUAUAAACAAUUGGAGUGCAAAAUGUAGCAUUUUCCGCAUAUAGCCCUUAUCCCCCUCUCCAUUGUCACCCAUGGCGGUUUCAUCCAUAGCCACUCUCUCUUCCUUCUUCCUCCCCUCCAAACCGCCAUCACUCAGAGCACCUCCGCUCCACCUCUCUCUCUCCUCCGACAACUCCUUCCCCAUUCUGAGAACCGCCAAGGGCGAUUGGUCCCCGCUAUUGAAAACCGCCGAUAAUCGUCCGCUCCAAUCACCGCCGUCCGACAAUUUCGACAUCGCGUCUGUCGUAUGCCCCUCCCUGGCGUAUGCCAACACGCUUUACUUCUCGGCCUGCAACGUCAGCUUGUUCGUGGAUGAGGACGAGCCGGAGGAGAGGCUGAUAUCCCGCUUCCGCAGAGAAGUGUCUAAAGUCGGGCUGAUUCAAGAGUGCAGGCGCAGGAGGUUCUUCGAGAACAAGCAGGAGAAGAAGAAGCGCAAGUCACGCGAUGCCGCCAGGCGCAAUAGUAGAAGACGAAGGCUUGCGUUCGAGGAUAGGCGAGAGGCCAUGGCGCGCAAGAAUGACACGGAUCUCAAGAACGACACGGCAUCUGAUGAAGAAGACGAAGACGACAACUGGGAACUUCCUCCAGGUAGCCUGAUGGUUUGAUUGGAUUUCUUUUCCAUUGAAUCUGGUUUAUUAUUUAUUUGCUUUUGAAGAGGGAGAGGAGGGCAUAAUUUCCACCCGAGUUUUCUUAAAUGCACUUAUGUCAUGUGAUGUAUAUUAAUGCAUUCUACUCCGUAGUAUAUUAUCUUGGCCACAAACGAUAAAUUUAAGUGUUUUUAAGGAGCAAUCUAAUUUGGUUUCAUGUUUUUUCUCCCCUUUAAAAGGCCAAUUAUCCCUACCUUCUUCUGUUCUUUAAUAAAUGCAUAUUGGUCUA